AUGUCCUCUCCUGGCAAAACCCUCUUCACUUUCCCCAUCCCCCCCUGCGGUUCCCAACCCGCCGGCAGCAUCACUGUCUCCCUAGCAGCGCCCCGUGUCUACCUCCUCACCUUCACCAUCCCCCCCGACAACCGCCUAACCACCGCCUCUUGUACCGCCUUCCUCGACGCCCUCGACCUAAUCGAGUACCACCCCUCACUCGAGCCCGGCGUGGUCAUCACGACUUCCGGCAUCCCCAAGUUUUACUCCAACGGCUUGGACCUGGAGCACGCACUGUCGGAUGCAAAUUUCCUGCCGAAGAAGCUGUACAAGUUAUUCCAUCGGCUACUGACGUACCCGAUGCCGACGGUCGCGCUGAUCAACGGGCACGCCUUUGCGGGAGGGCUGAUGCUGGCUAUGCACCAUGAUUAUCGGGUGAUGAAUCCCAAUAAGGGCUUCGCCUGCGUGAAUGAGCUUGAGUUCGGGGUGCCGCUCAAGCCCGCUAUGUCGAGUAUCUUCCGCCUGAAACUUCCUCCGGUGACAUACCGGGACUUGGUUCUCGAAGCGAAGAGGUUUGGCGGCGCCGCGGCGGUGCAGGCGGGGAUUGUGGACUCUGUGGGGGGGCUAGAGGAGGUGUUGAAGUUGAUUGAGCAGAGGAAACUGGUCGGGAAGGGGGAUAGUGGGAUUUAUGGGCUUUUGAAGGCCGAGAUGUAUAGGGAGAGCGUGGGGUUGUUGAGUGAGGAGGGGUGGAAGGCUGGAGACGAGAAGGAGAGGAGGUUGAUCGAGGAGGAAGCCAAAAAGAAGGAGGAGGGGGAGAAGACGGUGCAGAGGUUGACGAAAGAGUUCAAGUUGAAAUUGUAA